AUUUACAUAGCCACGUACGUACUGAUAACUACACCUGUUAACCAUCGGAAGAUUGCAAUUCAUCAAAAAAGGUUCAUCAUGUCGAACAAUAAGUGCAGAGAUUUCCCCAGAAUUAAAGCUGUUCGAGCCUUUGUUACUGAGCAGCAGUCGCUAGGAGACCAGGGAGCCGACUGUCAUGAUGUGCAAGACGAUCACUGGAUUAACGGGUUCCCGACCCCUGUCGCUAAUCCAAUGUCGGGUUACGAACAGUAUUCAGCGACCAGAAAAUCAUGGGGUAUUAAUGCGCUUGGAUCCCUUGUAGUCGAGGUGGAAGCCACGGAUGGAACGACAGGUGUCGGGAUCACUAUUGGCGGAGAACCUGGGUGUUAUAUAGUUGAAAAACAUUUAAGUCGUUUUGUCGAAGGUCAAGAUCCUCGAGAUGUUGAGCUUAUUUGGGAUCAAAUGUUUCGUGCUACCUGGAAUUAUGGAAGAAAAGGUUUGUCUGUUCAGGCAAUAAGCGCCGUAGAUAUUGCUAUCUGGGAUUUAUUGGGAAAAAUCCGAAAGGAACCAGUUUAUGCUUUACUUGGCGGGAAAACAAAAGAUAGACUUCCAGUCUACUGUACAACAGCACGACCAGAUAUAGCUAAAGACUUUGGUUUCGUCGGUGCGAAAGUACCAUGUCCAUACGGGCCAGCAGCAGGCGAUGAAGGUUUCCGUAAAAAUGUGGAGUUCUUUAAGAAUUGGAGAGAGAAGGUUGGUCCAAACUUUCCGCUUAUGUUAGACUGUUACAUGGCUCUUACUGUGCCAUAUGCAAUUAAAUUAGCUAAAGAACUUGAAAAAUACGGGCUGAAAUGGAUGGAAGAGUUUCUACCACCAGAUAAUUACACUGGAUAUAACGAGGUUCGUAGCGCCUUACGCGGAAGUAGCGUAAUGUUGACCACAGCAGAGCAUGAAUACAGUAGAUACGGAUUUCAGCAACUAAUUACCGCAGGGUGUGUUGAUAUUCUGCAGCCAGAUAUAACUUGGCUCGGAGGUAUUACCGAGGCGCGUCGAGUGUGUGCCAUGGCUUCUCCAUAUGAUACAAUCAUAAUUCCCCAUGGAUCAAGCGUGUAUUCCUACCAUCUGCAGUAUGCGUUUCGGAAUUGUCCUGUAGCCGAAUUCAUAAAUCUUAGCCCAAAAGCAGACAAAAUUACACCAUAUUUUGGCAAUCUUUUCGUAGAUGAACCACUUCCAAAGGAUGGAUUUAUAGAUUUACCAGAUCGUCCAGGAUUUGGAGUUACUCUUUGUCAUGAUACUCUUAAACGUCCUUAUGAGCGUACAGAAAAACAGUCAAAGGAACAAGCAGACAAGAAUAUUAACAGAAAAGUUCCUGAAAAAGCUCACAUGCCUUUUUAAUAUCGUAUGUUCAACGGAUCCAAGCAGUUUACCAAACAACAUUGGUUUAAAUUGGACAAUCACUCCCGUAUCAUUUUUUUCCUUUUUAUCUACGUCUGGAAUAUAGUGCUGUUUCUGGCACAUGCUCAAGAAACUCUGAAUAUAAUGAUAUAUUCCAGAUUUAAGAUAUUUCUUAUUUAAAGUUUGUAAUUUGUAUAAUUCAUAUGUAUUUAUCUAAUAAUUGUACUGAUGUUUGCCUGCAAUGGGUUCCUCUAUUGGAAAUAAAUAUUAUCUAUA